CUGGAGGAGAAGCACGGCGUGCACUGCAACAUGACGCUGCUCUUCUCCUUUGCUCAGGCCGUGGCCUGCGCCGAGGCCAAAGUGACGCUCAUCUCUCCCUUCGUGGGUCGAAUCCUCGACUGGUACAAGGAGAACACCGACCGGAAAACCUACGAGCCCCAGGAAGACCCAGGUGUGAUCAGCGUCACUAAGAUCUAUAACUAUUAUAAGAAGUUCGGCUACAGCACGGUGGUGAUGGGGGCCUCCUUCAGGAACUCGGGGCAGGUGAAGGCUCUGGCCGGCUGCGAUCUGCUCACCAUCUCCCCCGCCCUACUGGCCGAGCUCAGCCAGGACCACGCCGCCGUCGCCAUGGCGCUGAGCAAGGACAAAGGUGACCAAUUACAGAUCUGGUCGUUUAGGUUUGAGGUUUUCUAUGUUGUAUUGUUUAUGUCCGAAUGUUAG